AUGCAAUUUCAUAUCUUUGCAGACUUGAUGAAAUUGAAACGUAUUAAUAUUCAAAAACAACGAGGAAGGAAAUCUGCAAGUCACAACAAGAAAUCUGAUGCACUUAUUUCAAGAUUUGCAGCUGGCUUCUGCUUUGAUUUUCAUCCAAGUGAUUGCAAUGUGUGAGUACACCAAGUUCUAUAUACACUGCACAAAUACAUGCAGUCAGCUCACCCAUAAUUAUAUGCAAUGACAGCAAUACAACCCUUGACCAUCAUACAACAUCUAUAAAGUUACAAAUUCUACUGUAAAAUGUCUAAAAUGUACUUUAUAGUGUACAUAUCUUCCACUGUACUUCAUGGACAUGAACUGUAUAAGAUUAUUCUUCAUGUAAUACCUACGUAUUUUGUUUUUAAGAUAUAUCAUUGGCACUGAAGAAGGUCAUAUUCACAAAUGUUCAUGUUCGUAUAAUGAACAAUAUCUGGAGUCAUAUGUUGGUCAUACGGUCAGUAUUUUAUACACGCGAUUGAACUUAAAUCAGUGAAAUGAAUAUAACUGGAAUGCUACCUCCAACCAGAAAUUUGAAGCCAAAUUUGAAGGCUAGUCCCAGUCUUUUCACGCAUGCAAAGAGCGUGGUCAAUCCGUCAACAUGAAUAUGUAUUUUUGAAAAUCGGCUUAAAAUUAUCAAAAAAGCUUUCUAACAGCGCCCAAAGCUUUCUGUCAAUGAAUUUGUUUAGGUAAUACUUCCUAGUAGACUUUACUUUUAGUUUUUUUUUUCUAGUAUUUGUUUACGCGAGAGAAUCGUGAGGCAUAAACACGCAGGUCUUGACUCGCAGCGUUUCAGUUACAUUCAUUUCACUGCUUAAAGUGCAUCAAACAUGGGUUUAAGUUUCAUAAUGUAGAAAAAUAUUCUAUUCGUUGAUUGUUGAGUUGACUCGUAAUUUUUACCAUACAUACAGUGAGGACACGGGCCCUGCCUCUGACCAUAUUUUCAACUGAUUUCUGCGGUAAGAUCUACCAACUGCUAGUUUCAAUCAGGGGUGUAGAAACCCGUACGAAUGAAGUUAACAUCAAUGUAUAACCAGAAUACCAAAAAUGUAUGUUUUAUGUACUUUUGUUGUUUAGUUUUCAGCUUGAUAGUUAUUAAUAUUUUACAAACGCGGCUGAGUAUCGAGUUAGCAACCUGGAGGUUAAUAGUUAUUGGAUUUUUCAGGGUCCUGUAUAUGAAUUAAAAUGGUCUCCAUUUCUACCGGAUGUAUUUCUGAGCUGUAGUGCAGACUGGAGUGUUAAGUUAUGGCAUCAAGAUAGUCCUUCUCCUAUUUAUACUUUUACUUCUUCCACGGUGAGUUUUUACUACUAGUUUUCAGUAACAGUUCUGAAGCCUUCUUCGUUCAGUAUGUAAUUAUCUGAUCGUAUAAACUUCCACGUUUGAAAGACAAAAGCCCUUCGUUCGAAACAUCGAAAUUUCUACUUUCCAUUUUGUUAAAUACAUCUUUAACAGAAAACGCUAGCGAGUGAACGCUACCUCCACUGUAACCCCACAUUUGAGAUAUUAGUUUAUCCUGAGUAUGUUAUUCUACAUGAACUUUAAAAUAAAACUGACAACAAAAAACAUCCCAUUAUAAGCUCUUUGGUGGUUCUCUUAUUUUAAUUGAUCUUUCCUUGACAAAUCGGCCUGUCAUGGCCAUUGAACUAUAAAUAAACUGGAAGGCUAACUGCUAUGAUGAAGGCCUAUGAUUUGAUGAAGCCAAAAUAGUUUUUCUGAGUUAUGAGCAGAAAUACUUGACCCCAAACGUCGGGCAAUAUAUCAAAUUGAAGCUAUUGAAAAUUGCUAUUUGGUGUGGAAAUUUCAAGACUUCAGCGAAAAGAAAAAUAUUUCAAAAAUACAAAAACAACUGCAAAACGGCAAUUUAUCGGUAAUUAUGUUUGUAGUUUUUCAACAUUUCCCUUUUAGCUAAAGUCUAGAAAUUUCUACACCAAAUAGCGUUUUUCAAUAGCUUCAAUUUGAUAUAUAGCCCAACGUUCAGUGUUGAAUAUUUCUGCUCAUAACUCAGAAAAACUAAAAUGCACUGGUUUCCCACCUUCCGAGUUAGCCUUCCAGUUUAUUUAUAGUUCAAUGGUCAUGGCUGGCUACUGGGACUCGGUGUCAUGGCUACUAUAAGCCAGAUGAAAUCAAGAUAAUCAAUAUUCUGUACUUUACUUGCUGUUAUUACGAAGGGAUACCGGUGUGUUACACAUGCUGGCCUAAGUGUGACUAUUAUAACAGAGUGGAUUAACAUGACGUUGGAUAGGACCUCCCUCCCAGAAGCGUAGCUGCCAAGAAAAUACAGAGUACAUACACCUGUUUGUAAAAUGAGGACUGUAUUCUGAUUUUCUAUUCCAGAAUUCUGUCAACAGUAUCUGCUGGUCUCCUAUUUCGUCCACGAUAUUUGGCUGUGUCCAUGAAGGGGCUAUUGAAGUAUGGGAUCUACGACAAAGCACGUAAGCAUGUUAACCACAGCAUUAUUUUUGCUCCAAUCAAUAUUACAACACUUUGAUGGAAGUAUAGGCCUACUUUUUAUUAAAGCGUCAUUGCUUGGUUGAUAAUGAAUGAGGAAUAAUCUUUUUGAGGAAGUGCGAAACAUGUACUAAAAAUUACACCUCUGAAAGUGAAAUCCUUAAAACAACGUUUAAAUUGAUUCCUUGUUCACUUUGCUCAGUCGCGAAACCCACUGAUAAGUAUAGGUAAUAAUAGCAUGGUUUCGAGUGCAAUUUGGAUGUAACAUCCACGAGUGAGUUUUUCAAAGACCUCGAAAUAGAUGAGGUCUUUGAAUAACUCACGAGUGCAUGUUUAUCCAAAUUUCACGAGAAACCAUGCUAUUACUUAUUAAAAUGCGUAUUAUUACAUAAAAAUGUUCGAGACAAUUGUAGUUUUAACUUACGCGUUUAUAGCGAACAUUCCACUGGCAAAGUUUUCCUGGCUUUGUUAUAUCACAUACAACGCUAACAUGCAGCUUGAAAAUUCCAUUCAACUAUGUAAUUUUUGUUAGUGUUGUUGAAGGCAUGGUUGUUAUAAGACCUGGUUAGGAAACCCGGCAAACUUCAAAGAAAUUACGCUACAAACAAACAUGGAGGUUGAACAGUCAGUUUGACCCUGCACAUAUUGGUUUUGAUCAAUGAGAAUUGACCAAACGAUGUAACACAAACAUUCUCCAUCGAAAAAUGGUAGUAAUACUUCGUUAUUUGCAAAAUAUGCCGUAAGAUAUAGCCCUGGUAGGCAAAACAAAUAAUUGGUACCCAUUCCCUUCGCCAUGCUUUCUGAACUGACUAUUGUCAAACAAUAGAAAGACAAAGGAUUUUUCAACCGUGACCCUGCACAAGGUACACAAUCACCUAAAACAAAGGGUUUCCAAACCAUGUCAUAUAUAUUAACUAUGUUUAAUAAGGUAACGCUUUUCCAUUUAAAAAUAAAGAUAAAAGCCAUAUUUUCCACGCGAAGGCAACUUUUACUUUGUGUAGCGCCCAUGUUUGUUUUGUUUUGAAGCAAUCUGUGACCGUUAUUUCUUUAAACUAAAUUGCUUUAAACUGAUUGGUUGAUUUAAUCAUCACAAUGUUUUUCCACCAAUCAGAUCAGUUUGUUACAGAUUUUUGCACUGUGAUUACAGAAAAUUGCACUGUGAUUACAGAAAAUUGCACUGCUGUUUGGGAUUAACUGCACCGAAAUCAACCAAUCACAGUCGAGUAAUAUCUUUAUGUAUAUUAUUAGCACGUUAACCAGCAUUAUUUUAUUUUAGGCUGGAUCCUUUAAUUGUAAAUACACCGCUACAAGAAGUUAAAUUAUCUUCCAUUUCUUUUGCUUUGAAUUCUAAU